AUGUGGUGCGGAGCCAGAGCGAUGAUAGCGGGCGUGUUACGGGCAGGUAUAGCACGGCGUGUGUGUGUGCGGUUACAGCACACCCUGAGCUACACGGGCAGAACUACGCUAGGGCAGGCGGAGAUGGCCGCCUUUUAUCCGUCGGUGUCCAGUGUACCCAGGCCCACGGCAUCCAUUGCAGAAUUUAAUAAUCGAUAUGUGGGGAAACUUUCCAACGACGAACCAGAGCGCACGUACGUCAUUAACGGUCAGAUUCGGGGUAUCCGCGUUGUUGGGCGAUCUAUGUGCUUUGUGGACCUGCAGCAGCAGGGCUCAGCGCUGCAACUGAUCGUCAACCACUCGCUGGUGAGGGCCCAGGUGGGUGACAAGGCGGCAUUCCAGGACGCGAUUGCGGGGCUCCGACCUGGUGACCAUGUGCAGGCGACGGGGUUCCCCGGGCUGUCGAAGACGGAGCGGACGCUAUCGCUCAAAUGCCGGGAGGUGCCUAGGAUGCUGGCUGCCGCACAGAUAGCGAUUCCGCAGCGCCUGACGGACCGGGUCAAGCGGCAGCAGAACAGGACGCUGGAUUACCUUGUGAACGGGCUAAAGGUCUUGGAGUUUCGGCACAAGGCGCUGACGGCGCUGCGGGCGUACCUGAACCGUCGAGGUUUCCUCGAGGUGGAGACGCCGAUGCUGUCUGCCAAAUCGAGUGGCGCGAACGCCACGCCCUUUGUCACUCACCUGCGCGGGCAAGACAAACAGGCACUAGAGUUGCGCAUCGCCCCGGAACUCUGGCUGAAGCGCCUCUGCGUUGGCGGCGCGCAGCGUGUGUACGAGAUCGGUAAGGUAUUCCGCAACGAAGGCAUCGACGCGACGCACAACCCGGAGUUUACCACCCUGGAGCUAUACCAAUGCUACGCGCCCCUGGAUGAGCUGCUUGAGCUGGCGCAGGUACUCCUCAGAGAUAUUUGUGUCGCGGUGGACACACCGGUCUCGCGGCAACUGCUUGCCGAGAUGGCGCAAAACGGAGGUGCUUUCCGCCGUGUGGAGUUUCUGCCGACCUUGAGCCGUGAAACGGGGGUUGAUUGGGCUGCAGUCGACCUUGCAGAUAGCACUGCCAUCCGCGUCGCUCUUUCCGGCGCGGGCAUUGACGUGCCGGAGUCCAUUGUGUCGCCCCAGCAAAUCCUCAACAAGCUAUGCGCAGACUAUAUUGAGGACCGCUACUGUCAGUCUUUGCUGCCCACUGCUAUCCUACAUCAUCCCGCCGUCAUGUCGCCCUUGGCGAAGAGCGCGGGCCUCGUCGCCAACCGCUUCGAACUCUUCGUCUGCGGCCGGGAGCUUAUCAACGCGUAUGAGGAAGAGAAUUGCCCUCAGGAGCAGUUAAAGAAGAUGCAGCUCCAGCAGAGGCACAGAGAGCAGUUUCACGACCAGGAGUCGAUGCAGAUCGACCACCACUACAUCGAGGCAAUGAAGUACGGAAUGCCACCAAUCGGCGGCCUGGGCUUAGGCAUCGAUCGCCUCUGUAUGUUACUUUUAGCCAAGGCUCGGAUCGAAGAAGUGCUGCCAUUCGGAUGUCUAGACGACGUCAACCGCCAGUAG